AUGAUUCCCAAGACAACCAAAAGCUUUUCUUACUCCGGUGCCGGUGGAGCGUUUGCUCGCCAACGUCGGAUGUGGUCUCGUGCUCUCUGUUCACAUGUCUAUUCCUCACUUCAGUUGACUAUGUUUCGCCGUUCGUUCUGCCUUUCCGACCAGCUCGUACUGGUUCUGAUCGACGGAUCUUUGUUGCUCCAGAUCCAGCUUGCUCUAUCGAAAGUCAGAAUCUCUGUUUCCAUCUUGUGCAUCUGGGUCCACCACCGUCCCGCAUCUCCGAGGGUCUAUACUCAAAACUCCUUUGGUUACCUCCGAAUUCCAGCACUCGAAUCUUUCAGAUCCACUGGAUCUAGAUCUCUCUCGGAAGUAAUCGAUGAACAAGCUGGGUUGUUGACUCGAGAAGCCUUGUUGCGAUGGAGGUCAGUUCUGCCGCCGUGGCCGGUGAAGGAAAAGUCGGCGAGCAGCGUAAACCUAAUGCUCCAAGCGGUCUCCCUUCAUGGGCUUGGCCCACGAAUUUGCUGCAAGCCCGUUAGCCCACUCUGCAUCCCAGAGCAGCCAUAUUUUAUGGGCUUUGGCCCAUCUCCCUUAGCAUGUUGGCCCAGGUUAGAUAUUUCCAAAUUAUAUGCCAACACUUUAACGAGGUCUUCGAACUAUCAUAUUAUAGUCUCGCUGUUAGCUCUGGCUCCGGCGACAUAUCAGAAGACCAAUUUUCUACUUUGGCCGCCUAUACUGAGAGUCACCGUCCAUGUGACUGGUCGAAGCUCAGUUUCCGGUGUGUCUCCUUCCUGA